GAUUGUCUGACGUCAAGUAUUUCGAGAGCAGGCUAGAAGUGCCGGGCAUUUCCCGAUAGACGUCGCUAAUAUCCGCGCGUAAAACGUCUUUUAUUGUGAACGUAGCGGAAGUGGUUGUUCGUGAGGCGGAGGGAGGCGACCUGGAUUCGGCAGUCAUCGCCGUCUUCGCCUGGGAAGCUCGGAAAAACGCACCGUAAUCGUCCCCGGGGGUGGUCGCCCGCCGUCAACAUCAACGUCAGUCGGUGCCGGUGCCGCGAGCGAGUAGGACGCCCGCCGGCGAGCAUGGAGCGGCGGCGCAGGCGAACGUGAGGACGGGACGAGGCUCAGUGAGCGGAAAAGCGGACAUUUAAUUUGGGUCGGGAUUAAAGCCCGACGUCUGUCGGCUCGACACGGACGGUACCGGACACGCACAACAAACAAUUAAGCAAGCAAACGGGACGCUCGGGAAUGUUCCGUAGGAGCUAACGAGCUAGCGGAGUUUAGCAGCGAAGCCUUUAGCCUUUGAGUCCCAGCCAGGCCAGGCCAGGCCAGGCCAGAACCGCGACCGCGACCAUGUCGUCUGCCCAGGCGGCCCCGGUCCGCCUGAAGCGGCUCGAGGAGAUGCUGCUGGACCGGACGCCGUCGGGCUGUCUGAGCGUCGAGACCCUGCUCGACCUCCUCGUCUGCGUGCACAGCGAGUGCUCCAACUGCCCGCUCAAGAGGGAGAAGCACGUCACGGACUUCCUGGACUGGGUGAAACCCUUCACGUCGGCCGUCAAAGACCUGCGGCUGCACAGAGACGACUUUGAGAUGUUGAAGGUGAUUGGACGAGGAGCUUUUGGCGAGGUUGCCGUGGUGAAGAUGAAGCAAACAGAGAGGGUUUACGCCAUGAAGAUCCUCAACAAGUGGGAGAUGUUGAAGCGAGCCGAGACGGCGUGUUUCCGCGAGGAACGGGACGUGUUGGUGAGAGGAGACAGCCAAUGGAUCACCACGCUGCACUUUGCAUUCCAGGACGACAACUACCUCUACCUGGUGAUGGAUUACUACGUGGGUGGAGACCUGUUGACGCUGCUCAGCAAGUUUGAGGAUCGCCUGCCGGAGGACAUGGCCAAGUUCUACGUGGCCGAGAUGGUGCUCGCCGUGCACUCCGUCCACCGGCAGAACUACAUCCACAGAGACAUUAAACCUGACAAUGUGCUGCUGGACGUCAACGGUCACAUUCGCCUGGCUGAUUUUGGAUCUUGUCUGCGUAUGAUGGAGGAUGGCACGGUGCAGUCGUCGGUGGCGGUGGGCACUCCGGACUACAUCUCUCCCGAGAUUCUGCAGGCCAUGGAGGACGGGAUGGGCCGCUACGGACCCGAGUGCGACUGGUGGUCUCUGGGCGUGUGCGUGUAUGAGAUGCUGUAUGGCGAGACGCCCUUCUACGCCGAGUCUCUGGUCGAAACGUACGGCAAGAUCAUGAACCACGAGGAGCGUUUUCAGUUCCCCGCCCACGUCAGCGACGUGUCAGAUUCGGCCAAAGACUUGAUCCAAAGGCUACUGUGCUCCCGGGAGCGCCGUCUGGGUUUGAACGGGAUCUCCGACUUCCAGAAGCACCCGUUCUUCAGCGGCAUCGACUGGGACAACGUCCGCUCGGCCGAGGCGCCCUACAUCCCCGACGUGUCGUCUCCCACCGACACGUCCAACUUUGACGUGGACGACGACGUCCUGAAGAACCCGGACAUCGGUCCGCCGAUGUCGCACAGCGGUUUCACCGGGCAGCACCUCCCCUUCGUGGGCUUCACCUACACCACGGGCAGCUGCUUCUCAGAUCGCGGGCGCGGCGGCCGUGAGGAAGCGGGCGCGGCUGGCGCUGGGCGGGAGGUGGAGGCCUUCGAGAGGAGGAUCCGCAGUCUGGAACUGGAGAAGCAGGAACUCAACCGCAGACUGCAAGAGUCAGCCCAGGCCCUGCAGGCUCCGCCUUCAGGGGGAGCGGUGAGUCGAGACAAGGAGAUCAAGAAGCUGAAUGAGGAGAUCGAGCGUCUGAAGAAGAAGCUGGCAGACUCGGACAGGCUGGAGCACCAGUUGGAGGAGGCGGUCACCCUGCGGCAGGACUACGAGAGCUCCGCCUCCAAGCUGAAGAACCUGGACAAGCAGGUGAAGACGCUCAGACUGGAGAAGGACGACGUCCACAAGCAAAUGCAGGAGGCUCUGGAGCGUCUGAGGAUCCAGUCCAGAGAACUGAAGGAGGCCCAUUCCCAGAGACGCUCGGCCCUGCAGGAGUUCUCGGAGCUGUCGGAAAGGAUGGCCGAGCUGCGCUCCUCCAAGCAGCGCCUCUCUCGACAGCUUCGGGACAAAGAGGAGGAGACGGACGCCGUCCUGCAGAAGAUGGACGGCAUGAGACAGGACAUGCGCAAGACGGAGAAGAACCGGAAGGAGCUGGAGGCUCAGCUGGACGAAGUGACGGCAGAAGCGUCCAAGGAGAAGAAGCUGAAGGAGCACGGCGAAGUCUACGCCAAACAGCUGGAGGCCGAGCUCCAGCGCUUCAAGUCUCAACAGGGGCGAGGGGCGGCAGCGGGGGGGGCGGAGUUUCAGCAGGAGCUGUCUCGCCUGAAGGCGGAGCUUGACAAGAAGGUUAUGUUCUACGAGGAGGAGAUGCUGAAGAGGGACUCUGCGCACUCCUCUGAGAUGAAGAAGUUGCGUAAAGACCUGCGUGACUCCGAGAGUUUGCAGCUGGCCGUCAACAAGGAGAUCCUGCAGCUGAAGGACAAGCUGGACAAGGACAAGAGGGACAGACGAGCGGAGCUGGACGAAGCGGUCGGCGUCCUGAAGGACAAACACGAGCGAGAGAAGAACCUCCUGAUGGAAGAAAACCGAAAACUGGUGACGGAAACUGACAAGUUGUGCUCAUUUGUGGACAAGCUGACCGCCCAGAAUCGUCAGCUGGAAGACGACCUCCAGGACGUGUCGUCCAAGAAGGAGAGUGUGGCUCACUGGGAGGCUCAGAUUGCGGAGAUCAUCCAAUGGGUGAGUGACGAGAAAGAUGCUCGUGGUUACCUUCAAGCUCUGGCCACCAAGAUGACGGAGGAGUUGGAGACACUUCGCAGCUGCAACCUGGGCAGCAGAACUCUGGACCCGCUGUGGAAGGUGCGUCGCAGUCAAAAGUUGGACAUGUCGGCCCGUCUGGAGCUUCAGUCCGCUCUCGAUGCCGAGAUCCGAGCCAAACAGAUGGUCCAUCAAGAACUACGCAAGAUCAAAGCGGCCAACGUGGCGCUGGAGAGCAAGCUGAAGGAUUCCGAGGAGAGAAACAGCGAGAUGGCGUCGCAGCUUGACAGCUUGAAGAAGGAAAUGGAAGACGGCCGAUCGCGCGCAGACAAAGCGCUGAACCUUCCGGCCUUCCAGGACGCCAUCUUCGAAUACUUUAACACUUCUCCGCUGGCGCCUGACCUGACCUUCAGAACCACCGACCUGGAGGGUGCCCCCCUGAGAUCCCAAAGCACGCCGCCCUCCUCCGCCUCCGACAAUGAGGAUUUGAAGGCCUUGUCGAUUCCAGCGAGCCCCUCCCCCACCUACCAAAGUUCGUCAAUGAGCGCACUGAAGCCCAAAGCUCACCAGCUCAGCAUCAAGACCUUCUCCAGUCCCACACAGUGCACCCACUGCACGGCCCUCAUGGUGGGGCUGAUGCGGCAGGGCUACGCCUGCGAAGUUUGCUCCUUCAUCUGUCACGUGUCCUGCAAAGACCACGCCCCCCUGGUCUGCCCCAUCCCGGCGGAGCAGGCCAAGAGACCGCAGGGGGUCGACGUCCAAAGAGGCAUCGGCACCGCUUACAAAGGAUACGUCAGGAUUCCGAAGCCCAGCGGCGUGAAGAAAGGCUGGCAACGAGCCUUUGCCGUGGUCUCUGACUGUAAACUCUUUCUCUACGACGUCCCGGAGGGGAAGACCACUCAGCCCGGAGUGGUGGCUAGUCUGGUGCUGGAUCUCAGAGACGAGGAGUUUUCCGUCAGCUCCGUUUUGGCGUCGGAUGUCAUCCACGCCACCAGGAAGGACGUCCCGUGCAUCUUCCGGGUGACUUCGUCGCAGCUGAGCUCCCUGCUGUGUUCCGUGUCUCUGUUGGUUCUGGCCGAGAGCGAGGCGGAGAAGAGGAAGUGGGUGCGCAUCCUGGAAGGUCUCCAGAGCAUCGUGGCCAAGAACUCUUUGAAGAACCAGCAGGUCCACAUCCUGCAUGAGGCCUACGACGCCUCGCUGCCCAUCAUCAAGACCACGCUCUCCGGAGCCGUGCUCGACCGGGAGCGGAUCGCCCUGGGAACCGAGGACGGGCUGUUUGUGGUGGAGGUGACCCGAGACGUGAUCGUGCGAGCGGCGGACAGCAGGAAAGUUCAUCAGAUGGAGCCGAUCCCCGUCGAGAAAAUGUUUGCGCUGCUGUGCGGCCGAAAUCGCACCGUGCAUCUUCACCCGUGGGGCCUGCUGGACGGCAGCGAGGCCACUUUUGACAUCAAACUGACGGAAACCAAAGGAUGCCAGGCCCUGACCUCCGGCCUACUGCGGCCCGGCGGUCCGGCCUGCCUGCUGGCCGCCGUUAAACGGCAGGUGCUUUGCUUCGAGAUCACUCGAGCCAAACCGCACUACAAGCGGCUGUGGGAGGUGCAGGCACCGGGGACCGUGCAGUGGCUGGGGAUGGUUCGGGAGCGCCUGUGCGUGGGCUACCCUUCGGGUUUCGCGCUUCUCGCCCUCCAGGGCGAGUCGUCGCCCGUCAGCCUGGUGAGCCCGGCCGACCCGUCGCUGGCCUUCUUGGCCCAGCAGCCUCUGGACGCCCUGCACGCCCUGGAAGUGGGAUCGGGCGAAGUGCUGCUGUGCUUCAGCCAGUUGGGCGUCUUCGUGGACGGACAGGGACGCCGCUCGCGGACCCAGGAGCUGAUGUGGCCCGCCACGCCGCUAGCAUGCAGUUCGAACUCCUCCCACUUGACCGUCUACAGCGAGUACGGCGUGGACGUCUUUGAUAUCCACACGGCCGAAUGGGUGCAGACCAUCUCCCUACGCAAGAUCCGACCUCUGAAUGUCGAAGGGACCCUCAACCUGCUCACCUCAGAAGCUCCUCGCCUCAUUUACUUCAGCAACGUGUCAUCGGAAAGAGAGCUGACCAUUCCUGAGAUGUCCGACCACAGCAGGAAGUUGAUGGUUCGCACUCGCAGCAAGAGGAAGUUCCUCUUCAGAGUUCCUGAGGAAGAAAGACUUCAGCAACGGAGGGAGAUGCUCCGAGAUCCCGAGUUGAGGUCUAAGAUGAUCUCCAAUCCCACCAACUUCAACCACGUGGCUCACAUGGGACCAGGCGACGGCAUGCAGGUUCUCAUGGACCUCCCCCUGGUCGGUGAGGUGGCCCCCCCUUCCCCCUCCCCCUCCCCGUCUCCCUCCCCCUCCUCGUCCGCCUCUCGUCACACCCUCAUCUCUUCGCCCUCCAACUUUGAGCACGUGUAUCACAUGACGUCGUCGUCGGCCGGCGUCUUCUUGCUGAAAGACUCGGCCUCCUCCUCCUCCCAACAGAGCCUCCUGCAGCCUUCCUCCUCCUCCUCCUCUUCCUCUCCCUCCAUCUGCUCUCUGGGAAGGGGGGUGCUAUCUUCCUCCCAAGAGGACGCUGUCAAAGAUAAGCCCCGCCCACUGUCCAGCAUCUCCCGGCAUCAGAGGAGCAAAACACACAUGACGCGCACCGCCUCAGACUUUGGGGGAGGAGCUUCACCCGGCGGCGCUCAGGAGGCGGAGCCGGACACGGACCGAGAGGUGACACCCAACGUGGAGUCGUGUAUCGAUCUGUCCUCUGACACCUCUGCCGAUUGAUUGUUUGAUUGAUUGAUUUUUCCACACCCCCCCGGCCCCCCUUCAGCCUCACUCUGCACUCUGAGCCUUGAUACACAUGCGCGCACGCACACACGCACUGCAGCGGGGCGGGGCCAGUCAGCCAGUUGCUGAACCAAUAAGGCUGCUUUGUGCUUUUCCGUUUUAAUCUUUUAUUGUUGGGGUAUGAGUGAGCUUCCUGCUUUUUAUUUUGGUUUUAAAUCUUUUGUUGCUAGGAAACACGGCGACCUCUUUUGACCUUUGACCCGAGAAACGAGGGCGUCGAUCACUAAUUUGUACUCAUGAAAUCAUUUCCCGUUCGACUUUUGCGUACGCAAAGAACGAAAGAAACAAACACUGUAUCGAAGUUGCACAUUGUUGUCGUUUAUCCUCCCUCUUGCACCGGGUGCCGCCCCUUAACCUUUGCCCCUCCCAGGUCAGGUAAACACUACUGUUUUAAUUAUUUUCUUCCCAGAAUCAUCAGAAAAAAACAAUUUUGUAAUGAUGACAAACAAUAAAAGAAUCUACUGAC